UCAUCAAGUGACAUGGAGAAAUCUUGCUCUCUGCUUGUUUAUUUCGACAAAGGGACACCAGCUAUUGCCAAUGAGAUCAAAGAAGCUCUUGAAGGAAACGAUAUUCCCGCAAAGGUUGAUGCCAUGAAGAAAGCUGUCAUGCUUUUGCUGAAUGGUGAGACUCUACCUCAGCUUUUUAUCACUAUUAUUCGAUAUGUGUUACCCUCUGAAGAUCACACUAUUCAAAAACUGUUGCUCCUUUAUUUGGAGAUAAUUGACAAAACUGAUGCUAAAGGAAAAGUUUUGCCCGAAAUGAUUUUGAUUUGUCAAAAUUUGAGGAAUAAUCUUCAGCACCCGAAUGAGUACAUUCGGGGUGUAACUUUGAGGUUUCUUUGCCGAUUGAAUGAGGUGGAGAUCAUUGAGCCUUUGAUUCCGUCUGUUUUGGCGAAUUUGGAGCAUCGACAUCCAUUUAUCAGGAGGAAUGCAAUUCUUGCUGUGAUGUCGAUCUACAAACUUCCACAAGGUGAGCAGCUUCUUGUUGACGCACCAGAGAUGAUUGAGAAGGUUCUUUCAACAGAGCAGGAUCCAUCAGCCAAGAGGAAUGCGUUUCUUAUGCUUUUCACUUGUGCCCAGGAGCGUGCGGUUAAUUACCUUUUGACUCAUGUUGAUAGGGUGUCUGAAUGGGGUGAAUUGCUUCAGAUGGUUGUGUUGGAGUUGAUCCGGAAAGUUUGUAAAACAAAUAAGGGAGAAAAGGGGAAGUACAUAAAGAUUAUUAUCUCUCUCUUGAAUGCUCCUUCCUCUGCUGUUACUUAUGAAUGUGCUGGCACUCUUGUGUCUUUGUCGUCUGCACCUACUGCUAUUAGGGCUGCAGCCAAUACCUACUGCCAGCUUCUUCUAUCUCAAAGUGACAACAAUGUUAAACUAAUUGUGCUUGACCGACUGAAUGAACUCAAAUCUACACAUAGAGAGAUUAUGGUUGAUUUGAUAAUGGAUGUGCUAAGGGCACUCUCGAGUCCGAAUCUUGACAUUAGGAGGAAAACAACUGAUAUUGUUCUUGAAUUGAUCACUCCCAGAAACAUCAAUGAGGUUGUUCUUACUUUAAAGAAAGAAGUUGUAAAGACCCAGAGUGGGGAGCUUGAGAAGAAUGGAGAGUACCGCCAGAUGCUCAUCCAAGCCAUUCAUUCUUGUGCAAUCAAGUUCCCUGAAGUGGCAAGCACGGUGGUUCAUUUGUUGAUGGAUUUCUUGGGAGACAACAAUGUUGCAUCAGCUAUGGAUGUGGUGGUUUUUGUGCGAGAGAUAAUUGAAACCAAUCCAAAAUUAAGGGUCUCUAUUAUAACCAGGCUACUGGACACUUUCUACCAAAUCCGAGCUGCUCGGGUCUGUUCCUGUGCUCUUUGGAUCAUUGGAGAGUACUGCCUGUCUCUUUCUGAAGUUGAAAAUGGUAUUGCAAACAUUAAGCAGUGCCUUGGAGAACUACCAUUUUACUCAGCUUCAGACGAAGGAGAAGCUGCUGAUGCUUCAAAGAAGUCUCAGCAAGUAAAUAAUAUAACUACUGUUUCAUCUAGAAGACCAGCUAUACUUGCUGAUGGGACUUAUGCUACUCAGAGUGCUGCCUCUGAAACUGCUUUUUCCCCUCCUACUGUUGUUCAAGGAUCACUGACUUCUGGAAAUUUGAGAUCCCUUCUUCUCACAGGUGACUUUUUCCUUGGGGCAGUUGUGGCAUGCACACUGACAAAGCUUGUCCUGAGAUUGGAAGAGGUUCAACCAUCAAAAGUAGAGGUCAAUAAAGCAUCAACCCAAGCGUUGCUGAUCAUUGUGUCUAUGCUACAACUGGGGCAAUCUUCAGCUCUUCCGCACCCAAUUGAUAAUGAUUCUUAUGACAGAAUUGUGCUUUGCAUAAGAUUGCUAUGCAACACUGGGGAUGAUCUCAGAAAGAUCUGGUUGCAGUCUUGCCGUGAGAGUUUUGUUCAAAUGCUGUCAGAUAAGCAGCUUCGGGAAACAGAGGAAAUCAAGGCAAAGGCUCAGAUUUCUCAUGCACAGCCAGAUGACCUUAUUGACUUUUAUCAUCUGAAGAGUAGGAGGGUAUGUUUGAUUUUAGAAAGCCAGAAAAACAUGAUAGAUUUCUGUUAUGAAUUGCUAUAA